AAUUAUAAGUUAAUAAAGGUUUCAUAAAAAUGACAUUUUCUCUCCAAUAUUGGACGUAAUAUUGUAUAUAGUAAAUCUUUCAGAAUAUAUAAUUUGUAUUUAUCUAUGGAACAAUUUUGACACUUGUAACAGUUAUAAUUAUAAACAUGGCAGCUUAUAAUAACAAACAAAUUCAACAUUCCAACGAUUUAUAUCAUUAUUUAACAAUCAAUAUUAACAACAUAUGUCGAAUAUGUUUGGAAAAAGGACCGAAACUUAUGCCGAUAUUCGAUCCAAUAAAACCACCGCACUUUUCGAUACUUAUAAUGGCUUGUGCUGCAGUACAAGUUCUACAAGGUGAUGGCUUACCACCAUACAUCUGCCAAAAAUGUUUAUCCAAAUUAAAUGUAGCAUUUCAGUUUAAAACACAGUGCGAGUCCUCGGACGCAAAAUUACGACAAUGUUUCGAAAGUUUUCAUAAUUUACCUUCCGCUCCGGAUUUAACUGGUUUCGUAGAAAUAAAAAAGGACGAAAACAGGGAAACUUAUCAAGAAAAUAACGGUGGAGGAACAAAAAAUAACGAUACUCAAAAUAAUUUGGAUGUAACGGAAAUACAUAGUAAUCUAAUAGAACCAUCGGAUACACAAAUACUACAAAAUGUGCAGCUGGAAAGUGGUGUAGACUCAACAUCAGUAUUUGAUAUUCAUAGGAAUAACUUGCUAGAAUUAAAUGCCGAUUUUGGGAAUAGCAAACAAGAUAAUGAUAAGUUAAAUGAUAUGCUAGUAUUAAAUUCAAAAAAAAUAAAAAAAGAAAAACAACACCAGUGCAACGUAUGCAUGAAAAUAUUCAGAACAAAACCGGGAUUAGUUCAUCACAUUAGAAUCCAUACGGGAGAGAGACCAUACAUUUGUCAUUUGUGUGAAAAGAGAUUCAUUAACGGAGGUCAUCUCCAUACACAUAUGAGAACCCAUACGGGCGAGAAGAACCAUAUAUGUGCAGCUUGUAAUAAGGCUUUCGCGACUGCACAGCAAUUAACUAAACAUACAAUAGCCAUUCACACAUCAGAAAGACCUUAUGGAUGUACUUAUUGCAACAAAAGAUUCGCCAGUUCUAGUAAUUUGAAUACUCACACGAAAAUCCAUACGGGUGAGAAAAACUACCACUGUGAUCAAUGCGGAAAGGCCUUUUCAACAAAGGGUCAACUCUACCAACACAUGUUGAUACAUACUGGAGAAAAAGCAUAUUUGUGCGAAAUAUGCAACAAAAGGUUUUCGCAAAAAGCCCAUUUAGUUAGACAUUUAAAAACUCAUAGGUCCUAAGAUAAGAAAAAGUGAAAAUACAGAAUGAUAUUUUUUAAAUAUAUAUUUUUAUAUAAUUUUUUUUGUCUUUGGUUAUUUCAAAAUAAAUUUUUUUUGUGUUUUUAUUUCGUAUUCAUGAUAAAAAAACCUAUCCACCCCUUAAGAAAGAUACACAAUUGAAAAUUGAUAUAAUUGACGCAAAAUUCCAAUUCUAAUAAUGUUACAACAUAAAAGAAACUAAAUAUACAAAUUAUCAGAUAAUUAGUAAACUUGACAACAUUGCAAAUGCGUACAUAAUAUAUUCUAAACUUAAUUUUAAAGACAUCUGACAACCCGUUCAGAAAUUCAUGUUUCUGCAUCUGGCACCAUCUUUAAAAUUCAGAUCAUUCAUUUUAUUUCUACGAAAUUUUAGUUAAUUAAUUUAAAUAUUAUUCUGUCAAUGUAAUAUGUUAGAUUACAUAAAAAAUAAUCAACUUCUAAAAAGUUCGUAAAUUGUGACAUUUAGUCCACAUAACCUAUUAUUUAAUCGAACCAGUAAUGGAGUACUUAUAUAGAUUUAUCAUAUAAUACUCAAAUCAUUUAUUAAUGAACUAAUUUUAUCAAAAUCCUAAGCUGAUUCGUUGUUUUUCGUCUAUUU